AUGGCCUCAUUUCAAGCCCUUCGUACUCAGUAUGCAUCAUUGCUGAAGCGGUUUCUCUCUUCGGCAAAGGAAUUUGAGGUAUUGGCCACCGUUCCACCCGACCACUCCGCGGAAUCAGAGACACUCUAUGUCUUAGAUUCCUCCUUCAAUCCCCCCACCCGUGCCCACCUCCGCAUAGCCAGCACCGCCCUCCUGGAGAACCCCAAGCCUCGUCCCCGCCUCUUACUACUCCUUGCCACCCAGAAUGCAGACAAACCCUCUAAGCCGGCGUCCUUCGAGGACCGGCUCGCCAUGAUGGAGUUAUUCGCCCACGAUCUCCGCGCCCGCCUGGCGGAAUCACCGGCCUACGCCGCAUCGGGCCUCACCCAUGCCAUUGAGAUCCUCCCUUUAGUUGAUAUUGGCGUGACUCGAAACCCCUACUUCGUCGACAAGGCUGCCGCUAUUGAAACUUCCGAUUCAUACCCUGUGGCGCUGGAACAGGUCCAUCUGACGGGCUAUGACACCUUGAUUCGGAUCUUCAAUUCGAAAUAUUACCCCCCACAACACACACUGCAGCCACUAGAGCCAUUUUUAUCAAAACAUCGUCUGCGCGUGACAAUGCGACCGAGUGAUGAGUGGGGUGGCAAGGAAGAGCAGCUUGGUUGGAUGGAGGCUCUCGCAAGAGGUGAUCGGGAUGCUGAGGGCGCGCAGCGCGAGUGGGCACAGCGCAUUCAGCUGGUAGAGGGUCGAUCUCCAUCCGAGCAGCCCGUGAGCUCAACUUUGGCCCGUGAAGCUCUGCAAUCCGAUCCCGAGGAUCUGAAACGGCUAGUUCCAGAACAGGUGCGGCAGUUCCUUCUGUCAGAACAUCCCUACUCCGGAAACAGCAAAGUGUAA